AUGCCCGAACUCAUGAAUUCGCAUGAUCUUCUUUCAGCUAAGAUUACAUUGGAAGAGUGGAAAGGAAAUUAUUUUAACACUAACACCAACUUUAGGAAAGUUGCAAUCAAAGGAUUUUGGAAAAUGUAUAAUCCUGAUACAAGCUCUCUUUGGUUUUGUGAUUCCAAAUACAAUGCUGAGAACAGUGUUACCUUUAAGGUUGGUAGAUUUGCUGACCAGUAUGCAUUUGGAAAGAUGUUGGUGUUUAGAUCAAAGGUGAAGGGAUUGUGGCUUUUCAAUGGGCAAGCAAUCCCAAAAGGUUUGUUUGAUGAAUGCUAUGACAUGAAGUUGUAUGAAUGGACUAAGGUCGACAUCUCUGAUGAAGCUCAAAAGGCGCGUGUCAAUCAGAUGAUCGAAGAUUGUGAGGAUUUCGAGGGGGAGACUAUUAGGGAGGUUUACUUUAAGUGCUAG